AUGCGGUCUUGAAGGGGGCGCCGGGGUCGAAGUGUUGCGCAACCGGGGCGCGCACUGAAUACAAGCGCGCCGCCGCAGCGACAGGAGAGUCUGGCUACAGGCUGCAGAGUGUGUGUGAGUGAGAGCAUCAAUAGUUCUGACCCGGAGGAGAGUGUGUGUGUAGCUUGUGUGGGAGACAGAAGGGAGAGCGGAACGCACGGCCACAACUUGGGAUAACUCACCUUGCAGGACAGAAACAUCUCUCUCGCUCCAUCUCUUCUAUCAUCUAUCUAUCUCUCCUUGCAAACGGAUUCAAGCGGUGUGAUAGACUACUGGUCUGGCUGUGGGGAAGGUGUUAAUGUGUGCCCAUAGCAUGUGCGCGUUCGGUGGGAUGUUGUGUCGCGUGGUGUCGGUGCUGUGGCUGGUCCUUUCGGUGGUCUCAGGGUUCAACCUGCAUGCGGAGCGCCCGGCGGUGUAUGGAGGACCAGAGGGGAGCUACUUUGGUUACUCCGUGGACUUCUACCGACCGACCCCCGAAAGCAGCACGUUGAGUGUGUUGGUGGGAGCGCCCAAGGCCAACACGUCCCAGCCAGGCAUCAUAGAGGGAGGAGCAGUCUACUACUGUCCCUAUCCCCCAAACCCUGACCCCACCAAGCAGCGCUACAGCUGUACACAGAUACCCUUCGACAACGCCAAUAACAGGAUGAUUAAGGUUAAUGGCACCAGGGAGCCUCUGGAGUUCAAGUCUCACCAGUGGUUUGGAGCCUCAGUUAGAACUCACAAAGGCAAAGUGGUGGCCUGUGCUCCUCUCUACCACUGGCGUACAGUGAAGGUGAACGGUGAGAAGGACCCGGUAGGAACCUGCUAUGUUGCCGUGCAGAACUUCAGCGCCUACGCAGAAUACUCACCCUGUAGGACCAAUGAUCCAGACCCGGAGGGACAGGGUUUCUGCCAGGCCGGGUUCAGUGUGGAUUUCACCAAGGAGGGGACACUGGUGGUGGGCGGACCUGGAAGCUUCUACUGGCAAGGUCAGGUGAUGACUGCAGGCGUAGCAGAGAUAUUGAAUGGUUACUCUCUGAAAGCCGUGCUCAGGAGAGUCCCUGGAGAGAAACACACACACGCUGCAGCUGAUACCCACGACGACAGCUACCUAGGUUACUCUGUGGCAGUGGGGGAAUUCACAGGAGACUCAGAGCAAGAGCUAAUAGCUGGGGUUCCGAGAGGGGCACAGAACUUUGGAUAUGUAGCUGUGAUUAACUCCACUAAUCUGACAUUCAUCAUGAACUUCACAGGAGAGCAGAUGGCUUCCUACUUUGGCUAUUCUGUGGCUGUUACUGACCUCAAUGGAGACGGGUAUGAUGAUGUACUGGUAGGAGCCCCUCUCUAUAUGGAGAGAGAGAGGGAGAGUAAGCCCAAGGAGGUGGGCCGUGUCUACCUGUACCUCCAGCACUCCCCGCUCACCUUCUCCGAGCCCCUCCUCCUGACGGGAACACACACCUUCGGACGCUUUGGCACUGCCAUCGCCCCGCUAGGAGACCUCAACCAGGACGGAUACAACGACGUGGCAGUGGGUUGUCCGUUUGGUGGGGAGGACCGGAGUGGCCUGGUGUUGAUCUACAAUGGCCAGAGAGACCUGACGGCCCGCGGCCUAACCCUCAGCCAGGAGCUCUAUGGAGCCUGGGCCUCCAGUAGUGGCCUCUCCGGCUACGGCUUCACCCUGAGGGGGGACAGAGACCUGGACAACAACCAUUACCCUGAUCUGAUAGUGGGAGCAUUUGGUAAAGGGGAGGUGUCGGUGUAUAGGGCUCGUCCUGUAGUGUCAGUGGAGGCUGAGAUGAUCCUGACUCCUAGAAUCCUGAACCCUGACGACCGAUCCUGCCUCCUGACAGAAUCUGAUACCAUGGUAACCUGUCUCAGGGUAGAUAUUUGUGCGAAGGUGAGCGGUGUGGGGAUCCCAGACUCUGUAGUCCUGAAUGCAGAGCUGCAACUGGAUUAUCUGAAAGGUGUGAGGGGCGGAGUAAAGAGAGUUCAUUUCCUGGAUUCCCAUCAGCCCCAGCACACAGGGGUCCUAACUCUUGGCCACAGCCGUCCACACUCCUGCCUGAACUACACUGUCUACCUACGAGAGGAGGAUGAGUUUAGGGAUAAAUUGACUCCCAUCUCAUUGGCUCUGAACUACAGUUUAGCCCCUCCUCCUUCCAACCUGGACCUCCCCCCUGUCCUCAACCGCUACAGCAGUACCUUCCUGCAGGAACAGGCGUAUAUUCUGCUGGACUGUGGGGAAGACAACGAGUGUAUUCCAGACCUCCAGCUGUCUGCAAGCAUGGACCGUACAGAGCUGGUGGUCGGGGAUGACAACCUGGUCCUGUUGACCAUAAACGCGGUUAACAAAGGAGAGGGGGCAUAUGAGACGGAGCUACACACACUCCUACCCCCUGAAGCUGAUUACAUAGGAGUGGAACGCAGGAUAGAGUCUCUAUCCAGGUUGAACUGUGAGUACAGGAUGGUGAAUGACUCCAGACUGGUGGUGUGUGACCUGGGGAACCCUAUGGUUGCUGGAACAGAAGUAUCUGUAGGUUUAAGGUUUGCUGUCCAAAGGCUGGAUGAUGCCGGUCCUCACAUUGACUUUGACCUACAGAUCCACAGUUCAAACAAAGACAACUCCAAGAGCAACCCAGUCAGUCUGUCUCUCUCCAUCUCUGCCAGAGCUCAGCUAGACCUGAGGGGGGUGUGUCAUCCCUCUCAGGUGGUUCUUCCGUUUCCUCACUGGGAGCCCAAAGAGAAGCCGGUCAAAGAGGAUGACGUAGGACCCCAGGUCACACACAUCUACGAGCUCCAUAACUCAGGUCCCAGUAGUAUCCGGGAGGCGGAGCUCCAGGUGGGCUGGCCCUCUCGUUUCCGUGACGAACACCUGCUCUACGCUCUGGAGGUUCUAACGGAAGGACCAAUCAGCUGCCGGAGCAACACCAGCCUCAACCUCCUGGGCCUACAGACGUCCUCUGUCCAGGACACUCCAGAAUUGUUGGGCUUUCUGAGAAACCGUAGCUCUCCUCACCGCUACAGACGAGCCACCAGUGCUGCCCAGCCCUACAGCAGCAAGACCCUGAACUGCAGUAACAUCAUUUGUCUAAGAGUUCUGUGUGUGGUCGGGCGGUUGGACCGUGGUCAGAGCGCUGUAGUCAAGAUCCGUUCCCGACUCUGGGCUCACACCUUCCUCCAGAGACGUAACGACCCAUACCUCCUCAACUCCACCGUGUCCUUCAGAGUGACGGCCCUGCCCUACCGCCUCCAGCCCUCCUCCUUACCCCAACACACCACUUCAAUGGGUACACUGGUGCUGUGGGGGACUCCUGAUGUGGCGUUUGCUGUUCCUCUGUGGGUCAUCAUCCUGGCCAUCCUACUGGGACUGCUGGUCCUGGCCAUGCUAACACUGGCCAUGUGGAAGUGUGGGUUCUUUGACCGGGCACGGCUGCCAGCGGAAGAUGUGUCAGACCGUGAGCAGCUGACCUCUGACCAAUUAGCAGACGCCUAAGAACGCCCACUCGCGCCAUGGAGACCAGUUAUUGAUUCGAAGAGGCUGUUUGGGAGGAGUUCCACCUCUUGAGUGAAAUUAAACUGAGAUGAGAUCUGCAGGCAGACUGCAAACUCACAGAUCAAAGGUUCUUUACCCCUUUUAAAGCUGAUCUGUCAUCAGUGAUUGGACUGCAAGCCCACAGGCCAAAGGCUGAAGUGCCAUUAAGACUUGUAUUCAAACAGCACCAGAGAGACUGGGAACAACCCACACAGAUGGAACUGCACACAUAAACACUAUUUAAGCAAACACAACCACUUGGAUGUAUAUGAGGCCUCAAGACAAUCUUGGACAGUAGAAUGGACUCUGGUUCUAACCCUGCUUGUAGUUGAAUAUGUUUCUAUGCACCGCUUGCCUCUGUGGGUUAGACUACUUGGUGAUCUGUAUGGUUGGAAAGUUCAGUUGGAGUUAACCAGCCUGGUUUACUACAAGUGGAGUUACCAUCUGAUGUCAGUGACUUGGUGUCCGCCUGCUUUCACUGUUAAAUACAUUCCACCAUUGAUCAAACUCACACAUGCACACAACUAUGCGCACGCACGCACGCACGCACACACACACACACACACACACACACACACACACACACACACACACACACACACACACACACACACACACACACACACACACACACACACACACACACACACACACACACACACACACACACACACACGCGCAUGCACACACACAAACACGGGGCUGUAUAUAUCUAUGGAUGGUGUAUGUGCAAUAUUGGGACAUUCUGUGUGAUACUGAAGCUUGUUUACACUGGUAUUAUUUUAUUAGAACUUGAUGUUCAAAUUCUUUGUGUAUAUUGUUUAGUUAGUAUACUAUUGUCUAUGUGAGUGUUUUUGUUGGUAUAUUAGUAUAUACAGUGCCUUCGGGAAGUAUUUAGACCCCUUUACUUAAAAAAAAUAAAAUUGUUACAGCCUUAUUCUAAAAUUGAUUAAAUCAUUAUUUUCCCUCAUCAAGCUACACACAAUACCCCAUAAUGACAAAGCAAAAACUGGUUUUUAGACAUUUUUGCAAAUUUCUUAAAAAUAAAAAACUGACCUAU